AUGACGACGCCUCUAAAAUCGGUGCCCCUCGUGGCGCCAGGCCAUACGCGUCCCGUCACACAUCUUUCCUUCUCCGCCCUCCAAGACGACGGCACCUACCUCCUCAUUUCCAGCUGCAAGGAUGGGAAUCCGAUGCUGCGAGAAUGGACGGGGGACUGGAUUGGCACGUUUGUAGGGCACAAAGGCGCCGUGUGGUCCACCAAGCUCAGCCCAGAUGCGUCGCGGGCGGCGUCAGGGAGCGCCGACUUCACUGCUAAGAUCUGGGACUCGUACACGGGCAACCCGCUGCACUCUUUUCCGCAUAACCACAUCGUCCGCAGCGUCGCGAUUUCUCCGAUGUCGGGCCACCUGCUCACCGGCGGACAAGAGAAAAAGGCGCGCAUCUUCGACCUCGGUCGGCCAGAUGCGGAGCCGGAUGUUCUCGUCGAGAGCGGCUCGGUGUCAACCCACGACGGCACGGUCAAGAGCGUCGUGUGGGUCGGCGAGCACACCGGCGUCACCGCUGGCGAGGACGGCAAGAUUAAGUGGUGGGACCUGCGCACGCGCAAGUUGACGACGAGCCUCUCGUUCCCGAGCUCUAUAACGUCGAUGGAGCUCUCUCCGCAGACGAACCGCCUCGUUGUUACCUCGGGGAAGACCGUCGCGUUCUUGCCGUCGCUACCCACUGGCGCAGCCACACACAGCCUGACCCUCCCAUACGCGCCGUCGUCCGCGUCUAUCCACCCGAUCUUACAGGAUCGGUUCGUCACGGGUAGUCUGACGGACGAGUGGGUGCGAGUGCAUGGCAUCGAUGGGGAAGAGCGGGAGGUGCUCAAGGGGCACCAUGGCCCUGUGCACUGCGUCGAGUUCAGUCCUGACGGAGAGCUGUAUGCCAGUGGAAGCGAGGACGGCACUAUUCGUCUGUGGCAGACGACGCCAGGAAAAUCAUAUGGCCUUUGGCAAGGCCAGACCAACGGCGGCUGA